AUGUCGUAUUUUCAACCUUCUAAUAAGAAAAGUCCAAACUAUAUAUAACCUGAUAUCCAACAGACAAAUUAAAUAUAAUAACAUCAUGGGCCAUUGUACUAAUAACCUCAGGUUUAUUAAUAAUAUUAGGGAGGCUAUCCUCCUCAAGCAGGAAUCUAACCAAUUUAAUAUGGAGGAAAUCCUCAUAAUUAUGUAGUUGGGUAACCACCUUAAAAUGUAGUCUAUCCACAAUAUUAAGGAUAUCCUCCUACAUUUAACAAUGAAGCUAUUUAUCCUCUUUAGAUCAGUACUUAACAAGAAAGAAAUUUUAGGUUUUUUAUUUUCCUAUUUUAGUUUUAAAAACUUAUUUCAUGGAGGAAUUAUAGCAAAUAAUAAUAUAUGCAUAUACUGUUUUCGACCAUAUACACUUAUCUUAUAAAGAAAAAUAGGUAUAUCAACUUUCAUAGUAUUUCUAUUACUCUUAAUCUUUUUUUGGCCAUUGUGUUGGUUGCCAUUUGUUUUGAAGGAGUGUAAAGAUAGAUACUAUUACUGUUCAUCAUGUGGAAAAUUAAUUUAUAAAAGAUAAUGUAGUUUCAACAAUUGAA